AUGCUAAAUCAUGUUACAAUUGUGGGGUAUGUGGGGAAUGCUCCAGAAUUAAAAUAUACAGCAUCUGGUGACCCUGUAUGUAAUUUUAAAGUAGCAACUACAACAAGUUACAUUAACAGGGAAGGUGAAAAAGAAUCUGUUACGGAAUGGCAUAAGUGCUCUGCAUAUAAGAAAACAGCAACAAUAUGUAGUGAUUAUAUCACAACUGGUAAGUUAGUCUUAGUUGAAGGGUCAUUGAGGACUACAAAAUGGACGAAAGAUACAGGGGAAACGUUUCAGUCAACACAAAUAAUUAUUAAACGCAUUUUGUUCUUAGAUAAAGAUAAAGAGAAACGAAAUGACUAUCGGUAUACGACAUCCCUUGAGGCGGCAGUAGAUAAAGCCCUUGAAGAUGCUUAUAACCCUAAAUUUGACGCAAGCGAAGUACCGUUUUGA